CCUCUCUUUACAGACACGGAGACGGGCAGCGGGUUCUGGCCGUUUCGCUGCACUGGAUCAGCGUCGAGUAUCUGGAAUAAAAGCAGGAAAGUCAGGAUGAAUGUUGGUGUAGCCCACAGCGAGGUGAACCCCAACACUCGGGUUAUGAACAGUCGGGGGAUCUGGCUGACGUACGCACUCGGUGUGGGAAUGCUUCACAUUGUGCUGUUGAGCAUUCCCUUCUUCAGCGUUCCCGUCGUGUGGACCCUCACAAAUGUUAUUCACAAUUUUGGCAUGUAUGUGUUCAUGCACGCAGUAAAAGGCACACCAUUUGAGACUCCAGACCAGGGCAAAGCCAGACUACUCACACACUGGGAACAGCUGGACUACGGCGUGCAGUUCACAUCAUCCAGAAAAUUCUUCACAAUCUCACCAAUCAUUUUAUACUUCCUGGCAAGCUUCUAUACAAAAUACGACACGGCCCAUUUUGUGAUAAACACCGCCUCCCUCCUGAGUGUGCUUAUCCCGAAAUUGCCACAGCUCCAUGGAGUGCGAAUCCUUGGAAUCAACAAGUAUUAAGCUCACCGUUCAGAGGGAACAGCGCUGAGGCCAACUCUCCAAUGAGCUCCUGCCUCAUCUAUUAGGAGAAUAGGUAACCCUCUGUGCUUUGUGAUGCAGUUUUGUACAGUGUGUAUAAUUUAGUGUCUGUCUUUGCUUAGAUGCACCUGAAGUUAUUACAGGCGUAUGUGGUAAUGCCUUGAGCAUUAACUUAAGUAAAUAUUUAAUUUCUUUUUUUUCCUCUCCCUUCGGUUCUCAUGAAUCUGGGCUGGCCCAGAAUUCAAAGUUUUGUUUUUGGUGUUUUUUUUUCCUUCCCCCCCUUUUUUUCUUCUCCCCUUACAUUUUUGGUUUUGUUUGUAGGCCUCACUAAACUGUGAGAACCUAAUUCUGUUUGUCACAUUUCUAAACACAAUUAUAAAAGCUGUUUUUAAGACCAGUUCUUUGUAAGAAUUGGACCCUGUAGUUGAAAUGAUGUUUUUUUUUUUUUCCUUCUUUUUCUUUGAAUUUUUUUUCUUGUAUCAGUGCUUUACAAAACAAUAAAGAUGUCUUGCAUGAUUUUCUGAAAAACAUGUUUGUUAGAGCAAGUAUUUUGAUAGUGUAAAUAGUCAUACGGUGGGUUGAUGUCUCAAGGCUUAAGUGACAAGAAACAUCCAUUAACAGUGCUUUAGUGUUUACUCAGAUAUGUUUAUGUACUCAUUUAUUAAAGUGUGCUUGUUUAGGACAUAACUGUGAAUCUCCUUGAUUACCAAGGCAGCUAGUCCUUUCUGGCCUCUGCUUAUUUAUGGUGUUACUGGAGCUCAAAAGACCCCUGUAUGUAAUAUAGGCCCAUUAAAACAUUCAUGCUCA